AUGAGUGUACAAUCUAGGACGGGACAUGUGGUCAGUGAUCCGUUGAACGGCAAGUAUGUCGCAAAAAACGGACAUGGAUCCACCGCCUGCUUAUUGAAGAUCAACCAGACGCAUCGGAUCUGGAUCUCACCUGGAGCUCAGAUCAAGAUUAUGAUGAAUGAGUAUACUACCAUGAAGGAAGUGAUCUGCACGCGGAAGAUGUCGACGAUGGCGGUACUGCCAGAAGUGCCUGUGACGACGGCAGAUGUGAAGAUCGAGGACAUUCAGCUAUGUGGAUCUGAUAAUCAGGCCCCAGAAGAGAUUGAUCGACUUCGCCAAAGGAUCUCGAAGUUCCGACACCUCUUGAUCGGCAAAGGAAAUGCCCUUCUGUCGGCCGCCAGAGGAGUCGUGUGUGAUAUCGAUGUCGGGGGAGCGAAGCCUAUCGCUCUGAAAUGUCGUAAGUUGCGGAUCCCGUUCAGGGAGAAGCUGGCAGACUUGAUCAAGGGUCUAUUAUCUGCCAAGAUGAUCAACUACUCCAGAUCACCAUGGGCUUCCCCAAUCGUGGUGAUCAUUAAGAAGAAUGGAGUGGAUAUCAGGUUAUGCAUUGAUUACCGGUUGGUUAAUAGCCUAACACAACUGAUGGUAUACCCAAUGCCCUUGAUCAACGAUCUACUCGAAGAUCUGGAGUCGACACUUUGGUACUGUUCUUUGGAGGAAGCGGAUUUUGGGUAG